UCCCACUCGGAGCCUCCCGCGCAGGCACUCGAGCCAUGAUCGGGAAGAUGAGCGAGAAGGGGUUGGACAUCCCGGCCAAGAACCGCCGCAGGAUGGUGAUCCUGGGCUCCAGCAAGGUGGGCAAGACGGCCGUGGUCUCGCGCUUUCUGAGCGCGCGCCCGGACGAGCAGUACACGCCGACCGUGGAGGAUUUCCACCAGAAGCUCUACAGCAUCCGCGGGAGCCUAUACCAGCUGGACAUUUUGGACACGUCCGGAAACCAUCCUUUCCCUGCCACCAGGAGGCUCUCCAUCCUCACAGGCGACGUCUUCGUUCUGGUGUUCAGUCUGGACAACCGAGACUCCUUCCAAGAGGCGCGGCGGCUCAAGCGGCAGAUCUCCGAGACCAAGUCGCGCCUGAGGAACAAGACCAAGGAGAGCGCCGAGGUGCCGCUGGUCAUCUGCGGCAACAAGUGCGACCGCGAGUUCCAGCGGCAGGUGCUGAGGGAAGAGGCGGAGCAGCUGGCGGGCGCCGACGAGGGGCGCCGCUGCGCCUACUUCGAGGUCUCGGCCAAGAAGAACACCAACGUGGACCGCAUGUUCCAGGCGCUCUUCGCCAUGGCCGAGCUGCCGGACGAGAUGAGCCCCGGCCGCCACUGCGAGGUGUCGCUGCAGUCGUGCCAGCUGCUGCGCCGCAAGUCCUUCCGCGCCAGGAGGUGCAAGGACGCCUACGGCGUCGUGACGCCGUCGGCGCGCCGGCCCAGCGUCCACAGCGACUUGAUGUACAUCAGGGAGAAGGCCGUGGCCGCAGCUCAGGCCAAGGAGAAAGCCUGCGUCAUUUGCUGACGCCGGACGCGGCGACGCCAACUUGCUUGACGUGCCCCGCCGGACUUGAAAUGUUGCCAGCCGACGAACAAACGCCAACGUGCAUUUAGUCACUUUUGCAUCCAAUAAAAACUUGCUACUUUCAUA